AUCUCGUCACCCACUCACUUGCACUUGCUAACCAUCAGCAUCAACAACUCUCGGCCAGCAUGAGCGUGGAACCACCCACGCCCCACCGUGCCGGGUCACCAGAGCAUGGUGGACCCGUAACAGACUUUGCUCUCAUCGAGUCCCAGAAGGAGAACAUCCGACCCCUGGCGACUGGGCGAUCGGCGGCGACCCUCGGCGUGCUAUUCGACAAGGACCAGGCCGACGAGGUCAGCCGUGUCGUCGAGGAGGGGAGCAAGAAGUUCCUGAGUGACAUCCAGGAGGCGGAGAGGAGAGAUAGGGAAGGCGAGGACAUGGUCGACGGCGUGCAAGAUGUUCUCGAUCUAUACAACCGUUACGUCGCGUUCAUGGUCCAACACUAUCCCUCUUCACCAAACCACGUGCUUCCUCUGCUAGAGGAGACCACCCGCCGGUUCAUCGGCGACGCCCGCUACGCCCAGGACGCGCGAUACCUCAAGCUGUGGAUCAUGUUUGCGCGCCACGUCGAGCGCCGCGAGGAGGUGUGGGCGUUCCUCGAAUCAAGAGACAUUGGUACCCGCCAUGCCGCCUUCUACGAGGAGUGGGCUAUGGCUGCUGAAGGCCUCGGAAGAAAGAAGAAGGCCGACGACGUUUAUCGCCUCGGCCUGGCUCGCAAGGCCGCCCCUGUUGAGCGCCUGAAGAAUCGUCACCAGGCAUUCCUCACUCGCAUUAUGGCUCCUCCAUCAGGGGAUAUCCCGGAUGACGACCCACUGCCCGCCGCACCAACUCCCGCACGUGCUGUCCUGGGUCAGGUGGGCCGAGGCGGACUUGGGGGAGGCUCGCUCAGCGGUGCGACCCCGGGCAGCUCGUCCUCGAGAAUCUCCAGGGGGACGAACGGCUCUAAGAUCGCCAUCUUCUCUGAUGAUGCUGGUGCUGCUGAGAACCCCGAGCCUACACCCUGGGAAGACUUUGGCACGCGCGACGGCCGCCGCAAGGAGAACGUCGUCGAGGCAACCCCGUGGAAGGGCGAGACCCUCCCUCAGAAGAGCCGUGUUGCCCCGCGAACACCAAAAUUAGAGGUCUUCAAGGACAGCGCAUCUGCCAAUGCCGAGGUACAUCGUGGCCAGGAGGUAUUGGGUGGCAUCCGCGCCAAGGCGCCCCUGUCGGAUGCCGAGCUCCUCCGCUCCGACCCACUUCGCAACUACGACACCACUGGCCUUCCUUCAGCUGUCCCCUCAGUUCCUUCUCUCCCGCCACCGCCCAAGCCCGCAGCCAAGAAGACCAAGCGGGAUGCCGCUGCCUUCGUUAUGCAGCCGUGGACGUGCCCCACGGGCGGCGCCGAAACCAAGAUGUCCAACGGCAAGACUGAGCGCCGCAUGUUCGACUGGGAUGCGACCUUCCGCAGCAACGAGGAGUGGAGCUUUGAGGAAGUCCGGGCUAGGAAGCUUGGUCUUUUGAGCCGUGACUGGAAGGAGCUCAAGGACUGGGAGAAGGGCUGGCACAAGCCUGGCUCGUCGACACCAAAGGCCAAGAAGACUACCCGUCCACCUAGCCCGACCGUCAACACCAAGCUGGCCAAUGCCGAAGUCAUGAGCCUCUUCAACCAGACCAUCCACGGCAACAAGGUCCACUCGGAUGACUCGGACGACGAUGAUGACGAUGAUGAGGACGAGGCUGCCGACGAGGUCAACGCCCUGCCCACACCAUUGCCACCCGCCCGUCAACAAGUAUCUAUGAUGACUCCUGGCGGUGUCGUCCCUCCCACGCCAACGCCAGCACCUGGCUACAACCACAACAACUACAGCCACCCAUCACACCGCCAACUUGCAACCCCUGGCAUGGUGUCCGACGAAAACACCCCUGCCCCUACCUCCUUGCGCAAACUCAACAUCUUCAGCGAUGAGAAUGCGUCGGCACCUGUCGUGAACGACGAGAAUGCAGUUCCGCCCUCUGCCAGGAAGAUGAACAUCUUCUCUGACACGCCGGCACGAGCACCACUUGGGGCCAAGGCCCCAUUGUCGAGCUCGUCGAAGCCUCGCGCGUUUGCUGUCUUCAGCGACGCGCCGGCCGAGGAGGAGCCUGUUGCUGCAGCGCCUGCACCAGUCAACGACGAGAACGACUAUGUGCAAGCCACACCCGCUCGUCCUCCCCCCGCACUCAACAUUUUCGCGACGCCUGCCGUCACUGGAAACCCAUCCCAGGCUCGGGCGGUGCCAGAAGGCAUUGCCGAGGAAGAAGAGGAGGAAGAGGAGCGCUACGAGUACUACGAAUCCGACGACCAGCUCAACAACGAGGACCCAUCGUCGUAUGGACGUCGCAUGCGCCGGUUCCAGAUCCACGAGAUGACUCCCAUCACAGAGCGCACCGGCGAGUGGACGACCAACACGACGUUCCGAAGCUCGCGCCCAGCCUCUGUUCUGAGCGACUUUGACGAGGCGGAUGAGGCUGCCAUUGAGUCUCGGCCCUUAAACCUCAGCUCUGUCGCCGAGGAGGAGGAGCGGUCGGCCGCCUCGAACAAGCAAUCCGCCGACGUUGCUUUCGCGGACGACUCGACUGAGCCUCCUCAAUCGGCCAGCACUGCUGCUACUGGGACAUACGACCGCUCAGGAUCGGUGGACACUGGAGCAUUCGGCGUUCCAGAAGGCUACACCAUCGCGCGCGAUAUGGACACGACGACAAGCAUGAUGAACACGAUUCACAUCGUCGACCACACCUCGACGACGGACGACUUCGUGACAGCUCCUCAGGCAGGCGAGGCAACAUCGCAGCCUUUGGCCGAGCUCGCAAACCCUUGCAACCCGGCCGACGCGAGCGUUGUGCAGGCGCUUCUCCAGCGCGUCCAACCGCCAGUAAACUCGAUGACUCUUGUUGUCGACCAGCGCCACUCUGUCUCUGCCCGUCUUCCUGCCCUCCAAAGGGCAGGCAAGGCCAAGGCUCGCCGAUCAAGCACCACGUCGCGUGUCUCUGUGGCUCCGUCAGAUGACUCGUACAACCUCUCUCUUGGGCCCAAGACGUUCGAGGUUCGCGAGAAGCUUGGCGAGGGUGGCUUUGGAGCCGUCUUUUUAGCAGUCGACGCGCAGGAGCGCGACGCUGCGAUCGCGCGUGCAGACGAGACGAGUGACGACGAAGAUGAGGACGAGGAUGACUCGGCGGCUCUCGUCGCCAUCAAGGUCGAACACCCCAGCUCUCUCUGGGAGGGAGUGGUCCUCUCUCGCAUUCUGUCCCGCGUCGAGCCGUCGCUCGCCGCGUCCAUCAUUCGCCCCCGUGGCCUGCACGUCUACUCUGACGAGUCGUUCCUUGUCCUCGACUUCUCACCGCAGGGCACCCUCCUGGACGUCGUCAACAAGGCCGUCGUGUGGGGCAUCGCUCCUGGCGUCGCUGGGGGCCCUUCGGUCCCAGACGAGCUCGUGGCCAUCUUCUUCACCAUUGAGCUCCUGCGGCUCGUCGAGGGGCUGCACGCUGCUGAUAUCAUCCAUGGCGACCUCAAGAUCGACAACUGUCUCGUCCGCCUCGAAGAGAUCCCGUCUGCUGCAGGUGGCAAGAAUGCGUGGUCUGCGCAGUACGACCGCCGCGGAGGUAACGGAUGGAGCUACAAGGGCGUGCGUCUCAUCGACUUUGGGCGUGCCGCCGACCUGUCGCUCUUCCCCGCCGGCAGGCAACAGACCUUUGUUGCCGACUGGCCGACCGACGAGCGCGACUGCGUCGAAAUGCGCGAGGGACGUCCGUGGAGCUUUGAGGCGGACUACUUUGGCCUGGCGAGCAUCUGCUACUGCCUCCUCUUUGGCAAGUACAUUGCCACUGAGGCGAUCGAGACGGACGAGGGACGGCGGUACAAGAUCGACGCGCCGUUGAAGAGGUACUGGCAGACGGAGCUGUGGUCCAAGCUGUUCGACACGUUGCUCAACCCGCGCACUCUGCGAGCGGACGGCGAGCUGCCCAUCACCAACGAGCUCGGCGCCAUCAGGCAAGAGUUUGAGACGUGGCUUGAGGACAACUGCCAGAAGAACGGCAAGCUGCUCAAGCAGAUGCUCAAGCGCAUCGAGUUGCGCGCGCUCGAGAACCGGCGAGUGUAG